AUGGCGCGGUUUUCAGCGGUGUGGUGCACGGUGGCGGUGCUUUUGUGCGCCGUGGCGGGGGGGUCGUGGCUGGAGGAUGCGAAUCCGAUUCGGAUGGUGUCUGACGUGGAGGCGGACGUGAUUCGGGUGAUAGGGCAGUGCCGGAGCGCGAUUCCGUUUGCGCGGUUCGUUGGGAGGUUUGGGAAGAGGUACCGGAACGACGAAGAGAUGAAGCAGAGGUUCGAUAUAUUCUCGCAAAACCUGAGGUUCAUCCGCUCCACCAACACGAAACGCUUGCCCUACACUCUCGCCGUUAAUCAUUUUGCUGAUUGGACUUGGGAGGAGUUUAAAAGACACAGACUAGGUGCUGCUCAGAAUUGCUCUGCCACUCACAAUGGCAACCACAAGCUUACCGAUGCUGUUCUUCCUCCAACGAAAGACUGGAGACAAGAAAAUAUAGUCAGCGCAGUUAAAGAUCAAGGAAGCUGCGGAUCAUGCUGGACAUUCAGCACAACAGGGGCUUUAGAAGCAGCCUAUGCACAAGCACAUGGAAAGAGUAUCUCUCUUUCCGAGCAGCAACUAGUGGAUUGUGCGGGUCAUUUCAACAACUUCGGCUGUAAUGGUGGGUUGCCAUCACAAGCCUUCGAGUACAUUAAGGACAAUGGUGGGCUUGAGACAGAGGAAGCAUAUCCCUACACGGGAAAAGAUGGUGUCUGCAAAUUUUCAGCUGAAAAUGUUGCGAUUCAAGUCCUUGAUUCUGUCAAUAUCACCUUGGGUGCUGAGGAUGAACUAAAACAUGCAGUUGCAUUUGUUCGACCAGUUAGUGUGGCCUUUCAGGUGGUUAAUGGGUUCCGAUUCUAUGAGAAAGGAGUUUACACCAGUGACACUUGCGGUAGCACUCCCCAGGAUGUGAACCAUGCUGUUCUUGCUGUUGGUUAUGGAGUUGAAAAUGGUGUCCCAUAUUGGGUCAUUAAAAAUUCAUGGGGAGAAAACUGGGGUGACAAUGGCUACUUCAAGAUGGAAUUGGGGAAGAACAUGUGCGGUGUUGCAACUUGUGCAUCUUAUCCUAUUGUAGCUUAA